AUGCUACGAGGAAUUGCCUCAGGGAUGAAAUACCUCUCCGAUAUGGGAUAUGUCCAUCGUGACCUGGCAGCCAGGAACAUUUUAGUCAACAGCAAUUUGGUCUGCAAAGUUUCAGAUUUUGGACUUUCACGAGUGCUAGAAGAUGAUCCUGAAGCUGCUUAUACAACCACAGUAAGAUUAUAUAAAUCACUUUAA